CUAGCAUGCACUGCCAGUGUAAAUGGACAUUCAUUUAUUUCCGUAUGCUCGAUAAUCGGACUCACCUACUACUACCAUAUGUAAUUUCUGCACCAGGCAAGCCUCCACUAAACGGGAAAAAAUGGCCUGACGUUCUUACGAUACGUCCGUAUUCUUUUCUCGCAAUUAAACUGUGCUUACCCCAUUAUUUCGUCAGGUGCCGCGCAAGUAUAAAAACCCUCGCGACUUUGACGCAUCGACAAGUUGUCACCUUCUCGAUUACAAUUAUGCAGCUCUCGUUUAUCUUCGGGACACUUAUGUCCUUUGUCGCUAUUGCUGCUGCAUAUCCCUCACCAGACUUGGGGACGAAACAAACUUCUUUGGCUAAGCGCGAGGGGCUUGACUUUGACACCGCUCACCAGUUGGACGUUAGGGCGCCUGACGUUUCAGCGCCCAACGAUCCUGACGACCCUGUCAUGCCUAACGAUCCUUUCGAGUCUAAUUAGAACGACUGAUGAAGGGCGACGAGCAAGUGUGGGGAGUAACUACAUGUUACAAGGUGGACUGUGAGGGUGCUAUGAGGCGUCAGUCACUAACUACAGGUUCUGUUUGUAGAAUACUUUCUUUGCGCUUCGCUUUGUAUCUUGAACUUUCGAUCAAGCUUGGCACUUUGAAUCGGAUAAUGUCACUGGUCAAUCGGUCAUAUUCAAUAUCAGCCUGAAACUUGCAACAAUACUAGGCGUGUUCUCUGCGAAUAGUUGGUAAACUUGGUCUCCCC